CCUUUCUCUUCUUAUCUCUCUCUCUCUCUCUCUCUCUCUCUCUCUCUCUCUCUCGAUAUUUUUAUGAAUUUGGAAAGCUGGGUUUUGUCGUAGGAAGUGGGAAGAAAAGGAAAGGAGGUUGCUUGAACAUAAAAAGAAAGAAUUUUUGGUAAAAAAAAAGAAGAAGAAUUAUGGAGUCAUCCAAUGGGAAAGAGAGUGUGAUGAGCAUGGAAAUAAAUGAGGGGAUGGAAGUAAAUGAGGGGAUCGAAGAAUCAAACUUUGAAAGCAAUGAGAUUGAGAGGAACAAGAUGGGCAUCAUGAGAGCUCUUGUGGAAAGGGAAGAUCCCUCCUCCAAGGACGUGGAUGAUUUCAUGAUCCGGAGAUUUCUGCGGGCACGUGAUCUGGAUAUUGAGAAGGCUUCUACCCUGUUCCUCAAGUAUCUGAGUUGGAGAAAGUCAUUUGUGCCAAAUGGUUCCAUCUCAGAGUCAGAGAUUCCAAGAGAGCUUGCUCAUAACAAGCUGUUUAUGCAAGGUCUGGACAAGACGGGACGCCCCAUCGUCGUCGUUUUUGGUGGGAGGCAUAAGCGCACCAAACUAGAGGAGUUCAAACGUUUUGUAGUCUAUAGCCUUGACAAAAUAAGUGCCAGAAUGCCAGCAGGCAAGGAAAAGUUUGUAUCCAUUGCAGAUCUUGAAGGAUGGGGAUAUGUCAAUAGCGACAUUCGUGGAUACUUGGCAGCUCUGUCGAUCUUGCAGGAUUGCUACCCAGAAAGGCUUGGCAAGUUAUAUCUUGUUCAUGUGCCUUACGUUUUCAUGACGGCAUGGAAGAUGGUUUACCCAUUUAUUGACAACAAAACCAAGAAGAAGAUAGUUUUUGUUGAGAACAAAAAACUGAGCUCCACCCUGCUCAGUGAUAUUGAUGAGAGCCAACUCCCAGAUACAUAUGGAGGCAAAUUGCCGUUAGUUCCUAUCCAAGACUGCUAGCUUUUUGGCUCAACUCGAGGCACUUCCCGAUUGAUAUUGGUUAAAUAUUUUGUUGUAACAUUUGGAGUUCGAGCUACUUUUCUACCGCUUAGCACGUUAUCUGUAUUAAAUUCUUAUAGUUCAAUUGCCCGCAUUAUCGGACCUUCGUCCACACAUCUGCAAGGCAAAUGCAAAACGUUCUGGAACAUUUCAUCUGGCAUUGCAAGAUAUUGAGAUGGAAG